AUGGAGUUGAAAAAUGAGCCGGCAUUAAAUCUGGGUCCUCAACCGACGCCGGAGAUGGAGGCAAUCGCGCGCGAGGUUGACGCGCUCGCUCGCGAACGUCUCGCCCUAGACGCUGAGCUGGCGACCAAGCAGCGGGAACUCUACGUCAAGACCGGAGAGGCGGACAGUCUACAGAGCGAGCUCGACACGUUGACGGCGACAUUGAAACAGUUAGAAAACCAAAAAGGGGAAGCACAGAAGAGAUUAAAUGAUUUAAAAGCGCAGGUGGAGAAGCUGCGGUCGCAGGUGUCUGCGCAGGAAGCGGCCGCAGCGGAGACGGAGGCGGAGGUGGCGGCGCGACGGGCACAAGCUAAUUCGUUGCGGGAGCGCGAGCAAGCGUUGCAACAGGAACACGACGCGCACACGCAGCAAGCUGACCAACUCACCGCCCACUUGAGACGCGCCGUGCUUGCACUCAGCCAGGCGAACAUAAAAAUCACUCACCUGGAGGAGCAGCACCGGUUGAUAGAGAAUGCGGUGGAGGCUCUGUCUGCUGGUGGGACGGCCGCGGCCGCCGCCGCUCAGCUGCAGCCGCAGUUCUCGAGGGAACACCUCGACAAACUCGUGCGCGGAGCCACGCCCAGCGACGCACUAGAGGAUGAUUCGUUUUCCAAGAACGAGUUCGGUGCGAUGAACGGCUCGACGGGGUUCGAAUCGGAUCCGUUCAAAGACGCUUCGUUUGGCGGCGUCGCUCCAAACGAUCCAUUUGCGCCCGCCGGAAACGCGGCGCCGAUACAGGAUGGGUUCGGUUCGGAUCCGUUUGCUCCCAGCAGUGGAUCGGAUCCGUUCGCCGGAGACGCUUUCGCUCCUACUGACAAUAAGAAUAAGGAUAACGACGAUGCGUGGGCUGCGGAUCCGUUCGCGGUGCUGCACGCGCCCGUGCGGGGGGCCGCGGGAGGGGGGGCUGCAUCGCCCACCCCGCGCCUGCCGCCCAAGCAACCACCGCCACGCCCCGCCCCGCCCCGACCCACCCCGCCACACAAGAUUGUUUCUCUCACGAAACAGAACACUAUAUUUAACAUUCCGUCCAACUGCUCGUAAUCGCCGAAUAUUAAAUUUGGUAUUCGUAUAGUAAAGUGGUAUUCGUUGCAUCAUUUCUUCGAACGUCUGAUUGAUAGAGUACACUGUAUAGAAAAAUUAUAUCGCAGAACACACAGAAAUCUAAGUCACCUUUAUAUUUUUACGUAAUUAGGGAAAAAACUCAAUCAUAAAGUACCUGCAUAUGUAUCAGUAAUUUAAAAAAAUAAAAAUUACAUCAGUAUUAAAAUUGUUAGGUUUGAAGUGGCGAAAAUUUGGGGUAUUAUAUCUCUCUUUUCAGUCGUUUCUCUUACGAUUUUUUAAGUUGGUUUAUUUUUUUAUUGUUACGUAUUAUCCUUAAUAUAUUUUGGAGAUCCAAGUUUUCUAAAAUUAAUUAAUGAUAAUUAUUAAUUCAAAAAUCUACAAAUAUAAAAAUAAUAGUUCCUAUUUAAAAAUAAUAGUAAUAAAUUUCUAUAAUUUUUUAACUUUUUAGAGAAAAAAAUUCAUCAUUUUUCAAUGAUAAUUGAAAAUCAAAAUUAUAUAGAUACCGUAAAAAUAGCUUUACAUACCGUUUUUGUUGAAUAAAUGUAAGGUAGUUUUAAGCUAAUGUUUAAUUUUCAGAUUUUAUUUGAUUCUCCCCAAUUGUUUUGGUAAUGUGUUUACCCUUCCUGUCUGUCCCGCUGCAUGAUAGCGAUAGUACAGGCUAAUUUUAACUACUACAUACUUUACUUUUAACGCUGCAGAGAAAGUAAAAUGUACGUAAACAGUAUUAUGCACGAUGAUAAAAGUUAAAUUACGUCGCUUUGUGUAUGGUGCCAUCCAUUUACUACGUAACAAUAUUUGACGGCCUUUGAUUCUCUUUCCACCUAAACGAGAAAAUAAAAACCACUUCCCCUUGUUUAACAAAUUUAUAAAGUAAGAGUUAAAAAGAAAAAGAAAAUUAAGUACGGAGGGUUUAAAAAACAAUAAAGCGCGGUUGCACGUGCAUUUUCAAAGUAUUACUUUAUUUUUUGUGAACUUACUCAGAGCUAAGACUACCCUUCCUUCCCCGUGAAAAAAGAUAGACAUCAACUCCCCUUUCCCAUUCAAUAGUCUUACGUAAUAAACGGAUGGCGCCUAAGUUUAAAGAGAAUGGCAUUUUAUUAUUUCCAUUCGCUUCGUGUUUAUUUUAAAAUGACCAAUCUCAUAAUUGAAAUUGUUUCUCUAGUGUUGCUUUGAUAUUGUUAACGUAAAAGUUUAUAAUUACUAUAGAUCGGUUUGUUU